AUGACAACCGCGACGCUCGAACGGAACUUGACGAUUGAUGUGGCUUCUGUCCUUGAGGAUGAUGCGCUGCUGAACUUCGAUUCUCCGGCGAUCUCCAAGGAUCGACUGAACCUGCCUGGUGGUGACUUCAUCGAUCGCGUGAUGGCGAUGAGUGAUCGCAAUCAGAAUGUGCUCAACAACUACAACCGAAUCCUCAACACCGGACGGCUCGCGGGAACAGGGUACACCUCGAUCCUUCCUGUUGACCAGGGCAUCGAGCAUAGCGCGGGCGCCUCGUUCGCUCCGAAUCCGGAUUACUUUGAUCCAGCGAACAUCAUCGAGCUCGCGAUCGAGGGUGGCUGCAACGCGGUCGCUUCGACUUUCGGCGUCCUCGGCGCGACGGCUCGCAAGUACGCGCACAAAAUCCCGUACCUCGUUAAGUUCAAUCACAACGAGCUGAUGACCUACCCCAACACUUUCAACCAGAUCCCAUUCGGCACGAUCAAGCAGUGCUGGGAGAUGGGCGCCGCUGCUGUUGGUGCAACGAUCUACUUUGGUUCUGAAGAAUCCAACGAUCAGAUCCAGUAUGUCGCGGACAUGUUCGCGGAAGCACACGACUACGGCAUGGUCACUGUGCUCUGGUGCUACAUGCGCAACAACUCGUUCAAGGUCAACGGCGUGGACUACCACGCGGCAUCCGACCUGACCGCACAAGCGAACCACCUCGGCGUCACGAUCCAAGCGGACAUCAUCAAGCAGAAGCUCCCCACCAACAACGGCGGAUACAAAGCACUCAACACGGGUGAUUCGUCGUACGGCAAGUUCGACACUUCGAUCUACACAAAGCUCAACUCCAGCGAUGAAAACGGCAACGGCGGUCAUCCGAUCGAUCUAUGCCGAUACCAGGUCGCGAACUGCUACAUGGGGCGCAUGCCUCUGAUCAACUCCGGCGGCGCUUCGAGCGGUGCGGGCGAUCUGAAGGAAGCGGUCACGACCGCGGUCAUUAACAAGCGUGCAGGAGGCAUGGGCUUGAUCUCAGGGCGCAAGGCGUUCCAGCGUCCGAUGGGUGAGGGUGCGGCGCUGCUGCAUGCGAUUCAGGAUGUGUAUCUCGAUGAGAGCGGAUUGGUAGCAGCCGCUGGAUGCGGGUUCUUUGUUUCGUUGUCUGCGGCUGGAAUACCGGUCUACACAGAUGAGGCAACUUUUCUCGGAGACCUGAUCUCUCCUGCGGUAACGGAGGGGUACGAGAGCUAUGCGGACGAUCUUGCUGAUGGAGCUCGAACGGUUGAGCUCGAUUACUUUGACAUGAGCUAUGACGGGGUCUCGACUUUUGGAGUUGGCUCUGAGGUGGACAUCCCCAACGGUGUUGAGCCGAUUGAGGGUGAUAAGCAUGUGCGUGUCAACUAUGGCGGCGGAGCUCAAGUCUCGAUCACCUUCGAGUUUGAGACUGCGGUUGAAGCGUUUGGAACGUACUACUCGGAUCUUGAACUGAAUUCACUAAAUGUGAUGGUCCAUUUGGAUAAUGGGCAAACGUUCAAUGCAGGGAACUUGGAUACAACCGGGAAUGGUCAGCUUGGAUACUUCGGUAUUCAGCCGAUUCUGGUUGGGAUCGAAUCCGUUACAUUUACAAUGAGUGCUCAGACUGGCUUGGAUGGCGUGUUCUUUGAUCAGACAACGGUAUCUGUCCCAUCUCCGGCUGCGUUAUCUCUGCUCGCACUUGCCGGUGUGGGGUCGGUUCGCAGGAAGCGGUAA